AAUUGAAUUCCAACGACCGUCAAAUAAAUACCAAUAAUUGCCUAAUUGGUUAAAAAUUUGCUAAAUAUAAAGAAAAGUAACAAACGUUUGCGUUAUUCUGAAUCAUGAAGUGUUUUCCGUCUAUUUUGUAUUUUAUUAUUGUGUCUUGCAGUUGUGCUAAAUUACCUUCAAGUUUCACCAAAUGUGACAGAAACCAAAGCAAUUUCCAAGAAUGUAUCCCAAAGGCCGUCACAAACGCCCUCGGCCAGUUGGACAAACCGUUCAAAGAAAUUGGUUUACCCAACAUGGAGCCCUUGGAGGUUCCAUCUUUGACCAUUGGGGCUGGGUCUGGUGCCGUCAGGUUCCAGCAAAAUUACAAGAACCUCAAAGUGAGGGGAUUCACCCAAACAACUUGCCGGAAAUUUGAAGUGAAUUUUUCCGAGAAAAAAAUUUCGAUGGGUUGUCUCUCUCCAGUGGUUAUUAUGGACUUUGAUUACGAGAUCAAUGGUCAAAUUUUGUUAUUGCCGAUUUUUGGAGACGGCCCUGGUUCUAUAAUUUUGGAUCACAUCAAGGUGGACAUAAUCUUCCAACUUGAAGAAUACGAAAGGAAGAACAAGAAAUAUUACAAAAUCGUAAACACCGGACUCACGAUGAGCCCAAAAUUGAUCAAAUUCGAUUUGAAAAAUUUGUUUCACGGAGAUAAGGCCUUGGGUGAUAAUGUUCUCAAAGUUUUGAACGAGAAUUGGGAGGAAGUUUUCGCCGAUGUCAAGUCCGGCUAUGAGGAGGCUUUCGGACAGAUUUUUGCCUCGAUUUUUAGUCGAUUGCUUGAAAAAAUUUCAAUUAGUGAACUGUUUGGUGAAUAAAUAUUUCUUUGACAGUU